GAGGAGAGUGGAUCGCAGUUUGUAUUCAUCCUUCUGGCCUCGGAAGACCAGCACGAACUUCACUGCACGGUUAUGGGUAAUAAAAUUCUGACAGAAAGGAUGACUUUUCCUAUCCAAAGCAAUAGUUUCAAAACAGCAAUAACAGAAAAACGUCCUUUAUCAUUACAGGAAAUAAAUGAAGAUCAAGUGUCCAUGAUCCAGGACUGCCUAGAGAGCGAAGUGACUUCUUUGUUGUGCGUUCCCGUCCCUUCGAAUCAGGAAGACAUCGUGACUAUGCUGGUGUGCCUGGUGAACAAAGAUAGCUUCUGUGAAGCAGACGAAGAUUUAGUAGGCGAAACUUUCCGAUGUAUGGCCCCUAUCCUUCAUAGAGCUAAAGCAUAUGAAGAAGAAAAAAGACUGCGAGAGGAAUGCCAGUCUCUUCUGACAGUGGCAAAAAGUCUCUUUACACAUUUAGAUGAUGUAACGCUACUUCUACGCGAAAUCAUGGCACAGGCGAGGCAUCUCACUAAAGCCGAGAGGUGCUCUUUAUUUUUAUUGGACAAGGAGAGAAAUGAGCUGGUAGCAAAAGUGUUUGAUGGAAAUGUGGCUGAGGAUGGAACAGAGACAUCUGUCGAGGUUCGAAUACCGGCUAAUCAAGGCAUCGCUGGAUACGUCGCCACAUCAGGUGAGUUGUUAAACAUCCAUGAUGCAUACGCACAUCCUCUGUUCUAUAGAAAAAUGGAUGAGACAACAGGAUUUAAAACAAGGAAUAUUCUCUGCUUUCCAAUAAAAGACGAUAAAGGUGUGAUAGGUGUUGCCGAACUUUGUAAUAAAAUCAAUGAGCGAUGUUUCUCUUUCUUUGAUGAAGAAAUCGCCAAAGCUUUUUCGAUCUACUGUGGAAUCAGCAUAAUGCAUUCGCUGAUGUGGAAGAAAGUUCGAGAUGCUCAACAUAGAAGCAGAUUAUCUAAUGAGCUUAUGAUGUAUCACAUGCAGGUUCCUCCUGAAGAUGUCACGAAGCUGGCGGAGAUGGAGAUUCUGUCUCCGGAACAUUUCAGUGAGGACUUUGCGAAGCUCACCUUCAUUCCUCGAUCCUUGAAAGAGCAGGAUACGCCUUUAGCUGUCAUAAGCAUGUUCGAAGAUAUGGGCAUGAUUCACAGGUGGAGGAUCCCCAUUUUCACCCUAUCCAAAUUCGUGUUGAUGGUGAGAAAGGGCUAUCGGGAUCCUCCCUAUCACAACUGGAUGCACGCCUUCUCUGUCGCACACUUUUGCUACCUCUUACACAAGAACGUGGGACUGAUGGGAAAUUAUCUGUCUGAGUUAGAAAGCUUGGCUUUGUUCAUCGCCUGUCUGUGCCACGAUCUGGAUCACAGAGGAACGAAUAACAAUUUCCAAGUUGCCUCGAAAUCAGAUUUAGCUGCAUUAUAUUGUUCCGAGGGAUCAGUAAUGGAAAGGCAUCACUUUGCUCAAGCCAUGGCCAUACUGAACACAGAUGGAUGUAACGUUUUGGAAAAUCUCUCUCGCAAAGAGUACACCCAAUGUUUAGAUUGCAUGAGAGAUGUCAUACUUGCCACAGAUCUUGCCCAUCAUUUGAGAAUAAUCGAAGAUAUUGAAACAAUGAUCAAAGAAGGUUUCGAUGUAGAUAAUCAGAAGCAUCACCAACUGUUGUUAUGUCUUCUUAUCACAUGCUGUGACCUUUCUGAUCAAACCAAAGACUGGAAAAGCUCCAAAAAAAUAGCUGAACUAAUCUAUAAUGAGUUCUUCUCUCAAGGUGACUUAGAGAAAGCGAUGGGUGUCCGUCCUAGUGAGAUGAUGGAUCGCGAGAAAGCCUGCAUCCCCGAACUACAGAUCGGAUUCAUCGAAAAUAUAGUCCUUCCAGCCUACAGGAUUCUGGCAUUAUUAUUUCCUGAAAUGCAUGAAGCCACUACAGCAGUUGAUACAAAUCGUUUAUUCUGGGAACGCAUGAGAGACGUCUUCAAACGCCGUUACAGCAACAGCACUUCUUCUUUGGACAUGUUUGAAGACGAAAGUUUGGAACAAGAAGUUCUCGCACUCAGUUGUGAAUCUGAUUGAAUCAAAGAAGGCAGUCUAUGUACAUUACUUCGAAUUUCAAACAAAGUGAAAGUUUUAUUUAUUUAUUUGUUUUGGUGCCAAGAUCAGGAGAAACUUAUGCGUGCGUUGUUGAGGUUUUAACUUGAAAGUGUUGAGGAAGUGACUUAUUAAUUCAGCCUUAUUCGGUAAGGUAGGCUUUAUUUUCUUAAAUAUUAAGCGUAUAGAAUGUGUUUGCAAUGAGUUGAAAAGUACGAUAAAUGACAAAUCUAAAUUUUACAUGAAUCCCGAAGAGCAAAAUUUACAGAUAGUAAAAGUCUCAUUAUGUUUAAUAAAUAAUAUUUAUCUUUAAUAUGUUAAAUUUAAAAAUUCCAUAUUUUACAUGCAAAAUUCGUAGUGGCAUUUGAAAAAAAAAUUGAUGACUUGAUUGCGAAUUUUCGACCGAAAUUAUGCAUUCCCCAAACAAUAAAAGUUGAAUGGCUUUGCCGACUAAGUUUUUCGCAUUAGGAAUAACAGCACUAGUUAUUAAAUUUGAACUGAUUUCGAGAAAAUAUUAAUUAGAAAGAUUUCUGGCAAAUUUUGCGUGUAAAGGUACAGAACCUUUAACUCAGUAAAUCAUAAUGAAUAUUUUGCUGAUUUAGCUUUUUGCUUUAUUUAGACCAUACAUGAAGCUAAAUUUUUUUUUACUUAUGAAAGUCUCCUCCUUCCUCACCCCCUCCCAAUCUUCUUUUAAGGUCUCUAAAUUUUCUUCCUAAUUUUGAGAAAAUCGUAAUUGGAAAGGAUCAAUAUUUAAGAAAAUAAAGUCUGCAGCCCAUUUUUCAGAACGCAUUAUUAUACAAGCAAUAAAAUAACGAUGAUUAGGAUAUAUCAUUCAAGUGGCAUUCAUGUCAAGCCGGGACAUCUGACUUUAUAAAAUGAGAUACAAAUUUCACGUAGAAAUUCGAUUUAGUUUUCAUAUAACUUCCCUGCUACUAAUGUACAUUUAUCACAAAAGGACACUUCGGUAAUAGUCAGCUUCCAGCAUAUCCUACUUCAUUUCAUCAUCAUUACUGAAAUCCUGAUUUCCAAAGGACCUUUUUUUAGGAUGAAACGCUUUUUCAUCUCUGUCCAGACUUCAGCCCUUCUGUGAUGUUCAGAGUGGAAUAAGUAUUCAUUAACUAUAUGAAAAUGCAAAAGUUUCUGAUUGAUUGUGUUCAUCAUUCCCACAAAAAGUUUCUAGCCUUGUGUAGUUUGACUAGAGAAUCCUUAAAAGAGUUCUUUAGAGAUCAACAUUUGACCACUGAUUAUGAAUUAAAGCAGGUUGUCCUAGAAUUGUUCAGACGCACUGAUAAUUUUUUCUACGAAGAUUUCAGCAAAAUGUUGGGAUGGGUGUGUAAAUGUAGCAAGGGAAUCUAAACACACUUUUCACUCCUCAAAAUUUUCUCUUCUAUUUUAUAAAUUCAGAAGUUUCGGUUUGAUUUUAACGCAUCUCUUAUACCCGUAUACAUUAAAAUAAUUUACUGAAACUAAAGUGGGAUUAGUUUCAGCAAUUCGGGUCGAGACAGUAGCCAAAAAAACUGUUAAAACAUAAGAAGUAAAAUCAUAUUGAUUUAUCAAACGAUAAAAAGUUCUUAUGAACUGUUGUGAUUACAAACAACUUUUUACAAUGUAUUCGCCAAAGCAAAGAACACGGUAACUUAAGUUAAUAGUUUGUUUUCGAAAAAAUUAAGAGUUUCAGAAACUGUUAUGAUUUUUAGUAUCGUACCUUACACAGAUUUAAUGCAGAUAUAAUGUGACUAUCAUCUUUGCUGAUAACCAGGAAGUUUACUGAACGACUUAUUUUGGUAGUUACGAAAAGCGUAACUGCAUUGGUGUGCAAAACUUAAGCAAAAGGUGUUCUUUUUGCGAUAACUCAUCUGAGAGACAUGAAAUUCAGAAAUGAGCGACAGCAUUUUGUAUUUAAACGAUGACAAAAGCAUAGUUGCGCUAAAAUAAAUGCAAUGCAUACAAUAUGGAAUCAAACAAAAAAAAAAGGCUUUAUUGAACUCAGAGUGUUGUUACACAUGAUCGUCUGUACAAGAGGAAGAACAACAAGCAGAUGUUCCUUAGUAUGGGAUAUGCCCUCCUCUUACUGCAAUGGUCGCUUCGCACCAUCUCUCCAUACUCAGCACCAGAUUCUGUAACAGAUCUUUGAUUGAGGAAAGAGUGUCCAUUCCUCAAUCAGCGUCUCUUUCAGUUGUUGGGUGUUCCCCUGAGUUUGUAAGCGUGCCCCAAGACGUCUCCUCAAAGCAUUCUACAUAUGUUCUAUGGGAUAUAAAUCAGGCGAAUACGCUGGCCAAUCCAUUCGAGUGAUAUCUUCAAUUUCCAGUAGCUUCUGAAGAGCAGGAGUCCGGUGUUGCCGUGUAUUGUCAUCCAUAAAAACGAAGUCUGCUUCAGGGGCAACUCGGAACAGAUGCACUUGGGGAAGGAUCAUCUCCUGAUAAUAGCGAUCUCCGGUUACAGAAACUCUGUCGAAAACAUGGAGCUCUGUCCGCCCGUUCGGCAUAAUACCUCCCCAAACGAAAACUCCAGGACCACCGCAACGGUCUGUUUCCGUUAUGUUACUGGGAUGAAACCGCGUCCCGACCUCUCUCCACAUCAACUGGCGUUGAGAAUCGCUUGUGGCACUAAAACAACUCUCAUCCGUACAGAGGACACCAUAUCAUUGAUGAGAUGUCCAGUUUUUGUGCUCCUUGCACAACUCUAAACGGUGGCGCCGAUGACCAACUGUCAAAGGGAUGCCGCUUUCAGGACAGCAGGCGAAUAGGCCACCUUUGUGAAGGGGUCUGGACACAUAAACCGUGACACUUGUCGCCCUCUUGCUGUACACAGUUGCUGAGCUCUGGCGCUUGCUGACUGGUUUCGGGCUCUUUUCGCCUGCAAGACGAUAUAUCAGUCAUGCACUGCAGUUUUGUCUUGGGUGGGCCACCACCGACCCUUCUGACAGCCUGUACCUACGGUUUGGAAGGCUAUCCAAACUCGCGAAACGACACAUGUUGAUUCCGAACUCUUUAGCUAAAGUGGUCGCACUAUGCCCCUGCUCCAGUUUUCCGAUCAUUCUUCCACGUGUGAAGUUAUCCAGGUGAUUUCUUCUAGCCAUAUUUCACGAAAACUGCAACUGCUAUAUGUUUGAUGCAUAGUUUUGACCUUAAUAAGUGAAAAAUAUUUACAGAAAAAUUCACCGAUUAUAUUUUAUUAUCACAAUGCUCUGGUCUGGCCUCUGUAAUGUUGUAGUGCAGAGUUUUCUCGGGAGACGUUAAAAAACGCCUCUUGUUCUCUUACAUCAUUUUGAGUGAAAAUAACGAUACGCGACAGAAAUUGCAGGGGGAUUUUUUUCAAGAGGUUUCAAGAGGAUAAAAUGAGAAAAAGAAUGCGAAAAACUAUUACUUUGAAAACUAUAACGCAUUAUAAAUAAGUAAAAUAUUAUAAAUAAAUAACAUUAAUAUAUUGCAUUAAAAAACUACUAUUUAAGGGAAGGAAUGUCAUAUAUUGUUUUUCCUUUUCUUGGUUAAAUUUUGCUUUCAUCUGAAGUAUGACAUUUAAUAGUUUUCACGAUCCGCGCUGUUUCGACCUUGCGCAGAGAAUAAUUUUUAUUUAUUUAUUUAUUUUUUUUUUUAAGAGAUUUGUAAUUCUCGGUGUAAACUCAGUACCUCUAUAUUUUUAUGAUCUUCAUGUUCUUCCUGAACACGUCUUUUAGACUCAAACUGAAAACCUAACCCUGAAAUCCGUGGAAAUCAACGAGAAUAAACUAAUGACAUAUAACAGUAAUAAACUUAUUUCAACUAGCAGUGAAAUAGCAUUCGAAAAUGACACUAAUAAUAUGGACAUGAAGCUAAGGUCCAAGAACAAAUGUUAAUGCAUAUUGCAUCACUGGCCAGAUGUGUAAUCUAAAGAGAAAGUAAGUAAUACACAAUUGGCGUUAAUGCCCCCUAAAUAGCCCACAUAGUAAAUGCUGUGCCAGAAGCAUGAUUUUUGAACAAUUAAUGCUGUAAAACGAUAAUUUGAGAAAUGAUGGAUGAGGGAAUAAAUGACGUCAUUUAUGCUGAACGUUAUUCUGGACUAAAACGAUACAUGUAGGGGGAAUCUGAAGAUAUAUGACUCGAGGGUUUUGUUUACUUCGAAAGAAGAUGACUACGGAUUGCUAACAUUAAUCAUUUGCUUAGAGCACAUUAAACAUAUUCGAAGUAAAACAAGUGUGUUUAAACCUAUUUGCAGCAAAAACAUUGGAGUGUCAUGUUUUUCACCACAGAAGACUAAAUACGAAGAAAAUAUUUUUUGAUUAUGGAAAUUAACUAAUGUAAUAAUGCACAAAAUGCCAUAGUGAAGUUGCGAAAAUCAGAAAAGGUAGGUAAAUCAAAGUGACCAUAGCUCGUCAUAAGUAAAUAGUUGAAUAAAUAACAAUGCAUAACUUAAAAGACCACAAAGCCGGUAAAAAAGACUAUUUCUCUGUUUGCAUAUCGUUAAUUAUUUUGAAACUGCAUAAUGUUACAUUUUGAAUGAAGGACUGCAAUGAAUGUUUCAUAUUUAUUGUUUAAUUUUAUCCUUUUUGGAAUAUUUUUUUUUUUUUUU